CCGGACAGCAGGGGGACAGCUAUGAUGAUAGGAGACAACAAAAGACAAUUGCAGAGUAAAGGUGAAAGAAGAGAAGGGAAGGUUGUCAUUCUGAUUUCUUUAGAAUGCAAGAACAAGGGAAACUGGCUCACAGAACAAAACCAGCGAUGGUGGAUUUCUAGCUGUUACCAAGCUGUUAAGAUAGAAUCCAUGUUCAGAAAAAGGAUGAUUCAGAAACGAACUGCCUAAGAAUAAAGAACUCUUUCUGGGGAUCAUGCUCCGUCUUCAUCUCUUCUUCAUGGUUUACCUUGCUUCCUUCCAUUUCUCCCUCCCCUUCCACAACAGCGAAUGCGAUACAUACCUCGGACAUGUCUGCAAGAAUCAUGUCAAUUUCGUACCAGGCCAUAAUUACAUCGGGGAGGGAGUUGAUAUCACCACUCUGGAGAAGAAAGGGGCUUAUGUGGUGGACAUCAGCAAGUGGCAGGGACCCAAUGGGACAUGUACCCUGUGUCGGAAUCAUAAGAUGGGUGAGCAGCUGCAGAGGCUUCCCCUGGUUGGGGUAGACUGGCGGCAGAAGGAAAACUGCCAACAAGAAGCGAGCAACUUUGUGGAUGAGUUAGAUAUAGAUGUGGCCAACGCAGUAGCCAAAGAAGUGAAGAAUGACUGGGAAAUGGAGUUGGCCGAGGAUUUCGUGAAGGACGACCUGGGGUUCUCCAAAGCGCAAGUUGCUUUUGCUGGCUCUCACUCUAAUAUGGCCAUUUGGGCCUAUCAGAAAACCCGUGAAGACAGAUACAGCUUUCUGAGGAAUGAGAUCGCAUGCGAGCAUUACAGUUUGAGGCUUCAGACAAAUCCUCUGCUAUCCUUCCAUUUUGCUCGGGCCAUCAGCAAGUUGCCCCUCAGUCACGACCUUGAGGAAUACCAGCAUUUCAUCAGUAUCUACGGCACCCAUUAUAUCAACCGGGUGUAUCUAGGAGGACGAGCUCGUUACUUGCUGGCUUUGAAAACUUGUGUCAUGACUUUAAUGGGGCUCACGGCUGAGAAUGUCAAGGUCUGUUUCGAUAUGGAGACAAGCCUGAAACAUAGAGGGCUUUGGGGAUCUAUUUCCUUCCAUUCCAAAUGUGCCAAGGUCUGGUUUGGGAAAUCUAAAUCCAGCUUCCAUGACCUUCAUAUGACCCAGCACACAGAGGUGGUUGGCGGCCACAAAAGAAUGCUCUUCUCGGAAAGCAGAGAUGUGCAUCAUCUCACAGAAUGGAUUGAGAGUACCAAAAGGACACCGGGGUUGGUGUCUUAUUCCCUUUUACCUCUACACACCUUGUUGAACAAAACAGACCCCAGGCGGAAUUUUUUGAAGCAAGUCAUUGUGAGCUACAUCAAAAGAAGAGCCCUAAGAAGAGAUUGUCGCCAAAGCUGUCCCAAGAACUUCAACAGCUGGGUACGAAAGUGCACUUGCAUGUGUAUACCCAACGGUGUCAUCAACGACAAAUGUUGUGGCACCGAGAUGGGCAGGGCUUACCUCAGGUUCUAUGUGGAUAGCGGAUCCGGUCUUUGGGGUGACUAUUUUUCCUCCACUGACGCCUACGUCAAAAUUUUUUUCCAAAACCAGGAAAGGCGCACUAGGGUCAUUGGUGGGAACAACAACCCUCAGUGGUCAGAAAAUCUGAACUUCGGGGCUGUCACGCUGGACGGCAAUGACAACUUUGUGAUGGAGGUUUGGGACAGCGAAGUCUGGCAUGAUGAACUCUUACAUCGAUGUAACGGGAGGCUGAGGUCAGGCCUUAGCAACUGGCACAAAUGCUACCUCCAACAUGGACACGUUAAGUUCUAUUACGUGUUGACAUGUGCCCCCACUCUGACUGGGUCCAGCUGCCGUGAUUAUGUCCCUUUGCAUCUGCCAACCUCCCAUUUCAAUGACACUAAUCCUGACUGGGAAACUUCAUGGUCACUCAAAUUUCGUACCUAGGUACUGCAUGGGUAGGACUCAUACUGCUAUAUUAAACAGGGGUGGGCUUCAAAAAUUUUAGCAAGGGGUUCCCUGCCCGGUUCCAGGGUGGGCAUGGCCUAGUAGGCUUCCUGCACCAUGGAAGGGGUGUUAUUUUUGCAUUCUUCGGGCUGUGGAGGCUUUCUUCAAGCCUCCGGGAGGGCAAAAACGGCCUCCUCAGGCCCCAGAGGCCCGUUUCCGGCCUUCCCAAACUUCUGGUAGGCCCAUUUUUUGCCCUCCCAGAGCUCCACAUGUACCCUGCACUUACAUGCAUCUAAAAUGGGCCAUAUGGGGACUCCGGGGAGGGGAGGGGUGGGUAGGUAGGGCCAGCCAAGAGUGGGACUUGGGGAAUCUCCAAAUUGCACAGAAUCUUAGCUAGAGGUUCUCCUGAACCCCUGAGACCAUCCAGCACCCACCCCUGAAAUUAAGGCAUUAUUCAGAUUUGGAAUCUAAUAGGAAUCCCUAUCAAUUUUCUUCCAUACAAUUGGGAGUUAUUGAACAGAUAAUUUCUAUAAAAUGUAAAAUGACUUGCCUUCAAUUUACAACCCCAAUUGAGCGAAACAUUUCUGUUGUUAAGUGAGGCAAUUGUUAGGUGAAUUCUGCCCCAUUUUAUGCCUUUGCUUGCCGCGGUUAUUAAGUGAAUCAUCGCAAUUGUUUAGUCAGUAACACAGUUGUUAAGUGAAUCUGGCUUCCCCAUUGACUUUGCUUGUCAAAGUUCUCAAAAUAUCCACAUUUUGAUCAUGUGACAGUGGGGAUGCCACAACAGUUGUGUAAAAAACAAUGGUCAUUUUUUUCAGUGCUGUUGUAACUUCAGAUAGUCACUAAAUGAAUAGUUGUAAGUCAAGGUCUUCCUAUAUAAAUAUAGGUGGGUUCAAUCAUUUCUUUCUUCUUAAUGCCUUUGUUAUUAUGCACUAGCGUUUUUUUUCAAAUGGUCCAAUUACCGUAUUUUUUGGAGUAAAAGACGCACCUUUUCCCCCCAAAAAAGAGGGUGAAAAUCUGGGUGCGUCUUAUACUCCGAAUGUAGCCCCACUCAGCUUCUCAAAUGGAGGUUUCAGAGGCUGAAAGAAGCUUCAGAAAAGAAGCUCCCAAACAGAGCUUCAGAGGCUUUUUUGCUGAAGUUCUGUUUUGGAGGCUUUCAGAGGCAGAAAAAAGUUUUUUCUGAAACAGAGUUUCAGAGGAAGGGGGGAAAAAGGCAAAAAAAAAAGCAAGGCACAGAGCUCACAACCAAGGAACCUGUUGCUAAAAUUCACCUCUGGGAACAGCUGAUUGGGGGUAUUCUGGGAGGCCAAUCCACCUGCCAAUCAGCUUUUUUCUUAUUUUCCUCCCCAAAAACUAAGCUGCGUCUUAUACUCCGAAAAAUAGGGUAUACCGUGGACCAGGUAUAUAUCAAGACCAUAUAGUUCAGUGGUGGGUUUUAAAUUUUUUUACUACCGGUUCUGUGGGCGUGGCUUGGUGGGUGUGGCAGGGGAAGGAUACUGUAAAAUCUCCAUUCCCUCCCCACUCCAGGGGAAGGAUAAUGCAAAAUCCCCAUUUCCUCCAGAUCAGCUGGGACUUGGAAGGCAAAGAAUAGAUGGGGGCAAAGGCACUCAGAAUUUUUAGUACCAGUUCUCCGAACUACUCAAAAUUUCUACUACCGGUUCUCCAGAACUGUUCAGAACCUGCUGAAACCCACCUCUGAUAUAGUUGUGAACUUGUAACAUGACAUGGGCCCCUUUUUGCAUAUGUUAUAAUCACUAUCCUGUAUGGAUAGUAUAUUUUUGUAUUUAUAAUUAGAGAAGUAAUAGCGUGCUGUGAGAAGUUAAUUCAACGUAUUUUCAUAUGGUUCAGAAAAGGAUUAUUAGGAACCCAGUCCUGUUAGCAAUGCUUAAAGGAUAUAUUUAGCUUGCAAAAGAAAAUGCUAAGGAAAGAUGUCUAUGGAGAUUUUCAGUCAUCCAAUCACGGUUAUUCCGAAUAUGCUUUUUUUCCCCAAGGGGUGACUUUGUUUCUUUGUUUUUCCUUGAAGACAUUUCGCUUUUCAUCCAUGACGUUUCUUCAGUUCUGUUCUUCUUCAGGAACUGAAGAAGCUUCUUGGAUGAGAAGCGAAAUGUCUUCAAGGAAAAACAAUGAAAGUCCAGGUGCCUCUUGAAAAAAAGAAUCUUUGGAGAGAUACAAUAGCAGUCUUCAGAAAUACAAAAGGUUGUCAGAUUAGAAGAGUGAGCAGAUUUGUUACGUGCAUCCCCAAAGGCAGGAAGGACCAGAAUUCAGUGGGCAGGAACCAGAUUUGAGGAAAAACUGUCUACCAUUGAAACCAUAUUUUCCAAGAUGUGGGAUGUUCUUUUUCCACUGGAAGUCUUCAAAUAAAGGCUGGAGAGGAAUCUGUCUGAAUUGUAGGACAAAUCCUGGACUAAGCAGGAUAUUGGGCCAGGUGACCUCCAAGAUGUCUUCCUAUGUAUUCUAUGCAAUAUUUGGAGACCGUAAUCUAACAAGGUCCCACUGUAACUAGGAUCCCUUCCCUUCCAAUGUACAAUACAUAGAACUCUGAAACUUACAAAAAGGAUGAGUUCAAAAUGGAGGCGGGAGAAAUCCUGACCUAACUACACACCCACAUAAAAUAAUCCUCUUCUGUCAAACGCUUCCUGCACUAUUCAGUUCAAUUCUUUACUUCUAAUAGAUUCCAUCCUUUCCGAGGUCAGUAAAAUGAGGACCCAGAUUGUUGGGGGCAACGUGCUGACUCUGUAAUCCGCUUAGAGAGGGCUGUAAAAAGCACUGUGAAGCAGAAUAUAAGUGCCAUUGCUAUUUCAGAAACUUUCAUGCAAUCUGCAAAAUACAUGUAAAACAUACAGCAAUAAAUCUUCAAAUAUG